CUCUGUAGUAGCCAGAUGGAACAGACUUACAAGUUGGUCAGCAAACCAAACUAACUCAACUUAUUCCAUUUCUUUCUUUUGCAAAGAGCUCUAACACUCAAGGGACCAUGGUUAUGUUGAAGAUCUCAGCUUUCCUUCUUGCCUAUGCCCUGAUCAUUUGCCAGAUGUACUGCUCUCAAGCCGCUCCUGCAAGGACUGACUUUGACUCAAAUCGAGUGGCGCUCACUGACUAUGAAACCCGGAGGUUACUGAAUGCCAUUGUCAAAGAAUUUGUUCAGAUGACUGCGGAGGACCUGGAACAGCAAGCAAACGACGAAAAUAGUGCUGAAAGACCCUUGACCAAGCGCUGCUCCAACCUCAGCACCUGCGCAUUGGGCAAGCUCUCUCAGGAGCUGCACAAGCUGCAGAGCUACCCUCGCACCAAUGUUGGGGCAGGGACACCUGGAAAAAGGCGCAGUCUGUCAGAGUCUGAGAUCUUUGCAAGCUAUGGGGAGCAGUUUAACCGCAACUGAGAUGUCCAGCUUCCACCCUACUGUAGUUUGUCCCUGGGGCACAAAAUAGCAAUGCAUGUGGAUUCUGUUUUCCUGAUCGACUUGCCUGACAGAGUAACACAAUAAUGAAAGACAAUCAAAAUUUAUAUAAUGAAUAUUAUUUUUGGAUCUUUAAUUCAGUUAUGGCAAAUAUUUCCCCUUUGCUUUAGUAUCACUGGUAGCAUAAGGACAACGACAGUUUCACAACAGAGACAGAUUUCUUUUUGUGUGCAUAUAACACUUUUCUGAUUUAAUAAACAUAUUUUACCAAUA